GCAGCAGCAGCGAAGACUCGGGCGCGGGCGGCAGGGCGGCCCCGGCAGCCGACACCAUGGAUCUCUCCUUCAUGGCCGCGCAGCUGCCCAUGAUGGGAGGAGCCUUCAUGGACUCGCCCAACGAGGACUUCAGCACCGAGUACUCCCUCUUCAACUCCUCCACCAACAUCCACGCGGCCUCCGGCGGCCAGGGCCCGUCCGAGGAGCCCACUCGCUCCUCCAACGACGCCGUCCUGCUGUGGAUCGCCAUCAUAGCGACGCUGGGCAACAUCGUGGUGGUGGGGGUGGUGUACGCCUUCACCUUCUGAGCGGCACCCCGCGGCUCACUGCGGGCGAGGCUGGGCGGAGCGCCCACCUUCCAGAAGCAGGAGUUCCCCCCAGGGCAGGGCCCCUCCAGGGGCAGCGACCGAGCGUCUGGAACUGCCCCCCGUGGCCCUCGUUUCAAAUAGCCCUGCUGUGGUCAAGCCGAUCCAGAAGCCCCUGGGGACUCGAUGGGGCGAGGCCGCCGAGGAGCAGGUGGGGGACUUCUUGUAACUGCUUCCCAAGAACAAGAGACUCCAAGGGACCGCCCGUCAGGCUCCCAACGCAGACAUAGCGGGGCGAUUGCUCCCCGGCAGCAAAUAACCGCCUAGUUGUCUUGUCUCCAUGCCGACUCGUCACGCCUGGGGGUGGGGUGCCGGGCAAGAGCCCCCUCAGAGCCUGAGUGUCCCCACCCCCAUCUCAGCCCCCGGGGAUGUGGGUGGGGGCCACGUGAAGGGCCUUGGAACAUUCCUCAUGUGACUUGCAGUUGGCCCCUCUGUCACCAGACACCCGGCCCCUGAGGAGACCCCAAAUCGGCAGGAACCCCAAGGAUGGGGGGUCGCUGGUGACACGUGGGGUUCGGGGUGGUGGUUUCCGCCUGCUGGUGGGCUUCCUCUUUUUGAAAAGAGGAGAAGGCACCUUUCCAACGGAGAUCUGCCGUCGUUCCAGGCCCCACGUGAAGAUGCGGGUUGUUCUCCGAGAAACCACAGAAUGUGAGGUGAACCGGGCUGUGUCCGCGCAAGCACAUGGGGGUCAGCGGGAGCAGGUGCGGUGUGCCUGGUCCCCCGGCCGGUCCUGGAAGGGACAGGUCCGAGGGAUGUGUCCUGACUCAGCUCAGGGCUCUCACUGAGCCCUGCCUCCAGCUGGCUCCUGCCUUCUCAGCUGCCCUCGGCGACAGUAUCCAGGGGGCUGCGCCAGGUGGGCAGGGCGUUCAGACACCUGCGCUGUCAGGUUGGUUCACCUGCGUGUGCUCUGCUGCUGGGGAGGGUCCUCUGCCCACGGCGGUUCCCUGCAUCCUUAGACGUCAGUGGCGCCCUGGCCGGUGUGGCUCAGGGGAUACAGCCACUCACCUCUGCUAGUUGAGCAUGGAGCUGCUGCGGCAACGAGAUGACCAGCCCGACCUUCAGACGGCGCCGGCCCAUGGCCGCCAGCCCCUAUUGGUCCCAUCCGUCACUGCAGCCACACAGCCACCCUCAAUGCUUAGCUCCGCGGAGGUCAGGGGUGCGGAGAGCUGGCGUGACAUUGGAGAGGGAUGUCUGGAGCCACUGACCGGGCCCUGCUCUCUGCAACACCAGCCUGGGGCCUGGGGCCUGGGGAUUGGAGCCCUGAGCCUGGGGCCUGGAGCCCUGA